AUGAAGUCGACGGAGCUGUUGCCGCUCAAGCGCAGCGAGCAGGAGUUCCUGCAGCAGACAGCGCGCCAACGUAUCACCACGUACGAUGGCAACACGUGGGAGUACUACGACUCGGGCCGGCUGAGCGACGCGAACGCUGGCCUGCCGCCAUUGGUGUGUCUUCCCGGGACGAGCGGCGUCGCGCGCUGCUUUCAUCUCCAACUGCAAGAACUGGCCGCGAAAGGCUAUCGCGUCCUAGCGAUUCAGCACCCUAUUGUUUGGACGCAUGAGGAGUGGAUCCACAGCUUCGACCGAUUUCUCAACGCGAUGAAUCUGUCCGAGAUCCACGUGUACGCUGUGUCACUGGGCGCGUAUUUGAUCCAGCGCUAUAUGUCGCUCUACCCUCAACGAGUAGCGUCCCUGGCAAUGACGCAAGGAUUUUGCGAUACCCGAGUGCUUCCAUACAUGCCAGACUUCUAUGUGAGAAAAUACAUCCUCGAGCGCUUUCCAAAACCGACUCCUCGCUUAGACGCCCAGAAUGAAGCGAUCGAAUACAUGAUGGAGCAGUUAGACUCUCUGUCUCAACAAGAAAUCGCGUCGCGCUUGACCCUCAAUUGUUUGUCCUGCGAUCCUGAGAGCUGGAAAAUCUUCCUGCCUGAUGAAAAGAUCACUUUCAUUGACAGCUACGAAGACACCAGUCUUCCAAAUAGCCUCAAAGACCAGAUCGGUUCUCGCUACCCUCGCGCCAAACAGGCGAUGCUGAAGAAUGGAGGUGACUUCCCAUUCCUUUCGCAUGACGAAGAGGUCACCAUGCACCUUCAAGUCCACUUGCGCGCCAACGGGGUCUUCAUUGCGUGA